GGUGGAUGGGUGAUGGAGGAGGUGGUGGUGAAGCAGGGGGUGCUGCACCUCCAGCUGCAGCAGACCUUCGGCAAGAAAUGGAGGAAGUUCUGGGGGGUCUUGUACCGGGAAAGCUCCUGCUCCAUGGCCCGCCUGGAGCUGGUGGAGGGCUCUGCACCCGAGAGGCUGCGCAAGGGCGACAGCAGCAAGAGGCUGGUCAAGCUGAGUGACUGUGUGUACGUGGCUGAGGCCAGCGGCGAUGCUGCCUGCCCCAAGGACACUGUCCCCUUCCUGCUGGAGACCACGGACAGGAGGUACCUCCUGGCCACCGACACCACCGAGGCGGCCGACUGGGUCCAGAAGCUGUGCGAGCUGGCGUUCCCGAGGAGCAGGGAGGAGCAGGCAGCAAGCAAGGAGGGUCAGGAGCGCGCACUGGGCACCGAUGGAGAGUUCUCCAUGGAGGAAAACUGCCUGUACAGCUCCCGGAGCAAAGCUGGCUCGGAGCAGGCUUUCAAGGUGACGGUGAGGGCCACCGAGUCCUCCGAGCGCUGCCGGCUCUGGGGCCGGUGCAUCCUUCAAGCUGGCAAAGAGGCACUGGAGCUGCGGGAUCCCCAGACCUUGGAGACCCUCUACAGAUGGCCCUACCGCUUCCUGCGGCGCUUCGGGCGGGAUAAGGUCACCUUCUCCUUCGAGGCCGGGCGACGCUGCGCAUCCGGAGAAGGUAAUUUUGAGUUUGAGACCAGGCAAGGCAAUGAGAUCUUCCAGGCCAUUGAACUGGCCAUCAGCGAGCACCAGAGCCGGGACGCUGAGGAGCCAUGGAAGGAGGAUGAUGCCCCCCGGUCCCAUGGCCAUGCCAGGAUGCCCAGUUGGGCACAGGGGCAUGAGGAGCCUGGCAGUGGCACCAAGUGCCCCUCAUUGGAGCCAGCCUGGGAGAAGGUGGGGAAAGCCAAGCUGGGAAUGCCCCUCAGCAGCUCCUCUGGGGCUGGGGAACCAUCAGGCUCCUUCCUACCCUCCCAUGGUGCCAACUGCCCCUACUCUGAGCCCUGCAAUUCCCUCUGGAGGGGAAACCCCCCGGCGCUGGAGAAGGGCUGGAGGCAGGAUGCUCCCACCAAGGCAAGCACCGAGGCCGAGUACGCCGUCCCCUUUGAUGCCCUCGCCAAGGCCUUUGGAGCUUGCAAGUUCAGCAGCAUGGCCCAUCACCCUGAGGAUGCCCCCGACCCCCUCUAUGACAGCAUCAGCAUGGCCGGGGGGCAAGCAGGCAAACAGCCCCCUCUGCACCCCAGUGCCCCCAAGCCUGAGCACAUCUACGAUGAGCCCGAGGGCCUCUCCUCUCACACUGUCUACCAUGAGCCCGAGGAGGUGAAGGGGGAGGCGUGGAGGCUGCAGGCGGCCCCGGAGGAGCCCACGGGGCACGAGUACCCCUACAGCCCACAACGGGAUGACUACGCCGUGCCCAAGAGAGCGGUCCCCCUGCGGCAGCCCUUCCUGCUGCAGGGCAAGGAGUGCCUGGGGAGCACCGACUAUGACAACGUGGUCCUCAAGUUCGCCAAGAAGAACCUGCCGUGAGUGGGAGGAGGAUGGAGAGAGGAGAGGAACCCCCGCUCCGGCGGCUGGUAGCACCCCACAGCCGGCACCCGCAUCCCCGGCAGAGCUGGGACCCCCCCAGCUCAGCGCACCCAUGCAGGGGAUGGGCUGAAACGCUCCUCCUCCCGAGCAUCCCUCCUCAGCGGCGCACAUCUGGCCAGCUGCGGACCGGCAGCCGCGGAUGAGCCCGCUGGGGGGCACUGUGCUCCCGCAGGACCGGCAGGGAGGCAACAGACGGGCAGGGACCCCCCCUUCGAACGCCCCGCUCCUCACCCGGUCAAAGCUCGGGAACCCCAGCGCUGCCUGCUGCGGACCCCCCUGCACAGCCCCGGGGUGCUGAGCCCGUGCUGGUGGGCGAUGCUCUCAGCCCCGGGAUGCACAUUCCACAGAGCAAGAUGCAGCUGGACCAUUUACAGCCUCAGGUUGCGCAUCCCACAUUGCAAGAUGAGCCUGGACCAUGCACAUCCCUGGGAUGCACAUCCCGCACUGCAAGAUGCAGUAGGUGGCCUGACACAGCCUGACUUGCUCUGAGUCAGCCUCUUCCUCCUCCUCCUCUCCCCUUGCCAGGGGACAUCCAGCCCCGGUGUUCCCCCUCUGCCCCCCGCAGGUCUUCUAUGGAAGGCAAAGAAAAGGCAUGAAUUAUUUAUAAUCUCUUUCAAUCAAAUAAAUGCUUAGGUGCUUGAGUUAA